CGCUAUGUGCCCACUGCGGGCUGGCGCGGCGCCCGAGUGCAGGGCUCGGGGCUGCUGGGCGCCGGGCACCGGGCUUCUGCUGCUCGCCUACCUGGCUUACCUGGUGCUGGGCGCCGGGGUCUUCCAGGCGCUGGAGGGCCGCGCGGCUCAGGACUUCGGCCGCAGCUUCCAGCGCGACAAGUGGGAGCUGUUGGAGAACUUCACGUGUCUGGACCGCCCGGCGCUGGACCUGCUGAUCCGGGACAUCAUCCAGGCAUACAAAGAUGGGGCCCACCUCCUGGACAACACCACCAGCAUGGGGCGCUGGGAGUUCAUGGGCUCCUUCUUCUUUUCUGUGUCCACCAUCACCACCAUCGGCUAUGGCAAUCUGAGCCCCCAGACCGUAGCGGCCCGCCUCUUCUGCAUCUUCUUUGCUCUGGUGGGGAUCCCUCUCAACCUGGUGGUGCUGAACCGACUAGGAGACUUCAUGCUGCAGGGAGUCCACCGCUGUGCCCACAGGCUGGGGGGCGGCCGGCAGGACCCAGCCAAGGCCCGGUGGCUGGCGGGCUCUGGCACGCUCCUCUCGGGCCUCCUGCUCUUCCUGCUGCUGCCCCCGCUGCUCUUCUCCCACAUGGAAGGCUGGAGCUACCUGGAGAGCUUCUACUUUGCCUUCGUCACCCUCAGCACCGUGGGCUUCGGUGACUUCGUGAUCGGGAUGGACCCCUCCCGGAGGUACCCACUGUGGUACAAGAACAUCGUGUCUCUCUGGAUCCUCUUUGGGAUGGCAUGGCUGGCCCUGAUCAUCAAACUUAUCCUCUCCCUGAUGGAGACCCCGGGGAGGGUAUGUUCCCGCUCCCACCACAGCGCCAAGGGGGACGCCAAGGGUCAAAGCUGGAGGCAGGGCCCAGACGGGGAGCCAGAGGCCCUCUCCCCAUAG